CCAGAGUUAUUCCGAAGGUAGACGCCACCUUGCAAGAUGGCAGGAGCUACUACAAUACUGUAUUUAUUUGCUGUGGCUAUAGUCGGCCAGGCAUUGACACCAUCAACAUUCCUGACCACAGUUGACCAGAGGAGACUGGCCAAUGUGUUCAAGGCUGCACAGCCCUACACAGAUGCAGCCAGUGCUCAUUACUCCAUUCUUGGACUGAAGCUGCUGGGAUCACCUGUGGCUAAUGCAAAGGAGACCUGCAAGACUGUCACCUCUUUGGUCAGACCAGAUGAUGUGGCAUCUUUGUACCAUGCAUCAGCUGCAGCAGCUGCCCUUGGCAACUGUAAGGUGCCAGCGACUGGGGCAGAGGUCCUCCUUGGAGAAGCCAUCAGGGACACAGCUCCUGUUGUAGACAUUUUCCAAGCCUUUUUUGCCCUCAAAAACAUGGGGCUUAAAGUUGACAAUGCCAAGGUUGGCACAGCUUUAGCAGAAGCUGUUAAAAAAGAUGAUACUCCUUUAAGUUAUGGGUAUGCAUUUUUAGUAGCAGCCGAGCUACCAGCUGAAAAUAAGAUGUUUGACAGUAUCGAAGAUAUUGUUGCACAAGCUGAUGAAGUAGAUGAUAAAUACUUACAGUUUGAAGGAGGACUGUAUGUGACAUCCUUGAUCAUAGACGGAGCUUAUAAAUUAGCCGCGAAGGCAAAGAAAGCACCAACUCUAUCAGCCGAUAAAGUGAUGAAAUUUUCCAAUUAUUUCCUGAGCCGUAAGCAUGUGCACCAGUUGAGAGCUGCCUGUCAAUUCAUCUCUGUUAGCAAGACCCUUACCGAAAACAAGUACCACAUUCCUGUUGCCGUAACUCUAGCAAGUCCUGUUGCUGUCAGUCAGUCAUCCUCUGUAGUGCAGGUGCGAGUUACCAACCUGAUGGGCAAUUCCCUUGGCGAUUUGACUGUUACUGCUGAUAGUGCCCGUCACAUUGGAGAUGAAGCAAUUGUGCUCAGCAAGAAGCCCUUCACUGCCAGUAAAACUGAUAGUUCCCUGUAUGAGCUGAACUUUAUGCAGACAAAACCAGCUAGGGGAUUCUACAAGUUGACCAUCAGUGUUGUUCCAAAGAAAGCAGACAGCCGACUUAUUGGUACAACUGGAGCAGAGGUUGAGGUGAAGGUCACCACACAAGUGUCUGUUGAAAAUGUCGAUGUGGGCGUGGCCGACAAGGAUCAGACAACUGCUGCUAGAACUACAAAGAUCCAGCACCCAAAUAAAGCAGCUAAUGCAUUUGAGGCUGAUUACCACCAGAAGAUUGUGAUGAAGUUCCAGCUGAAGGAGAAAGUGUCGGGCAAACCACUCUCGGCUCAUCAGACUUUUGUCAAGAUGACAAACCAGAAGACACAACAAGAGAUCAUUUUUGUGGCCGAGACUUCUGGAGACUCCUACAAAUUUGAUCUGGAUGUUGGAUCCAGUGCAUCUGACUUCGGUCACCAGUCCGGUAAAUACAGCAUGGAGCUUAUUGUUGGAGACGCUGUCAUCGAGAACCCAUUCUCUUGGACUAUGGCUGAUGUUAACCUGGUCUUCCCUGAGGGAACAGUAGAAAAGAAGUCGAGUGAGAACCGCUAUGCCAAGAAACCAGAAAUCAAGCACAUGUUCCGUGAGGCCGAGAAGAGACCUCCAGCAGUGGUAUCCAUGACAUUCACAGCUCUGGUUUUCCUGCCUGUUGUCAUUCUCCUGUUCUUGUGGCUGCAGAUUGGAGCUAACAUCAGUAACUUCCCAAUGUCGCUGAGUGCUAUUGGAUUCCACCUGUGCCUUGGAGGUGUGUUUGCAUUGUACUAUUGCUACUGGACUCACCUUUCCAUGUUUGAAACGCUGCGGUACCUGGGACUCAUCAGCAUUCCUCUAUUCAUAUUUGGUAACAGAUUACUGAGCAGCAUAGCAGCAAAAAGGAAAGGAGAAAAGUGAUCCAGGUUUUGAAGUAGGAUAUCUUAUCAUCGAGAAAAAAAUAGCACCAAAAAGCUUUUGUUGAGGAGGCACACUUUCUGAUAUAAAUGAAAAGAAUUCCAGUGGUGGAUGUUGUACACAAAUAUACUGAAUAUGGAAAGCACUCGGACACUGACAAAAAUGUGUGUUACAUAAUAACCCUGUUCUGUUUAUCAUACCAUCUUAAUGAUCUCAAAUAGUACGAGGAAUCGUGUGGGUGAGACUUCACAGUUUAGGUUGAAACUUAUUUAUGAAUAUUUAUUUUCAUGCAUUAAGAAAUUUUUCAAAUAUUGCAUAUGAUGUGAUAUGCAUAAAAACUCUUUGGUGCGACAUGCAUAAAAAAAUUGUAGUGCUAAUAAGGUGGUUACACUAGGGACCAAUUUUAGGUGGGGGGGAAUUGGAAAUGACAAAAAUGUUUAGUACAUACUUAAUGAAUAUUUUGAGUAUUUACAUGUAUUGAGGAAAAGAAAGGUGUGUCUCUUCAAUAUCAUGAAUGAAUGAGUGUGGCUGGGGUUUGUGUGAAAGUUCAGAAUUCCAAUGUGUUUUGAGUUCCGCGAAAUGUAUGUAGGGUUGUCUCUAUCUUUCUCUAUCAUAUGUUUUACACGUUACUGAAAA